AUGUCACCACCAAUUUUCCAGCCCAUCGAUAUUGUGGCGCUGGAGAAGUAUCUCAGCCAAAAUAUACCGCACGUCCAGGGACCGAUUUGGGUCACGCAGCUUGGCAUUAGCAAGUCCAGUCCGACAUACUUUAUCAAAGAUCGCGCUGGAAACCAACUGGUCAUGCGCAAAUACCCACCAGGGUCAUCUGUGGCAAAUACUACCCAUAGACUUGAGCGCCAGUACCGUGCUCUACGCGCCCUGGAAAAUUCAAAUAUUCCUGUGCCAAAGCCAUACUGCUUAUGUGAAGACCCCAGCAUCCUUGGAACAUCUUUUUCUAUUGUGGAGUUUUUGGAUGGCCGAACUUUUAACGACCCGAGCUUGCCCGGGUUUUCACCAAGAGAGCGUCAUGAAAUAUGGCAUGAGGUCAUGACAAUAUUGGCGACACUCCACAAUGUCAACAUUGAUGUAGUGGGUUUGGAUAGUUUCGGCCACCGAAGUGGCUACUACAGGCGCCAACUUCAGAAUUUAAAGGACUCUGAGCUAUCUCAACGUGUUUUGAUUGAUUCCAAGACUCACAGGCCAGUUGGAAAGGUGCCUGGCAUAGAUGAAAUGAUUCAAUUUUUUUCUGACGGGGAUUACCAACCAAGAAACCGUGCUUCUCUCAUCCAUGGCGACUUCAAACUCAAAAACAUCGUCUUUCAUAAAACAGAGCCCCGAGUGAUCGGUAUUCUCAACUGGGAAUCUUCCACGAUCGGUCAUCCACUCUCAGAUCUUGCGAGUCUUUUACAGCCUUGGACAAUCGCUGAGAUGUCUUCAUCUGCAGCUGAGACACUAUCACUUCCGUCGCGGUCCCCAGCUGGUGUUGUGGGUCUGCCUUCGAUCACCGAGUGUCUUGCUUGGUACAGCAGGGUGGCAGGGUGGAACCCACAAGCAGAGAUAAUGUGGGCGAACUCAUUCGCUUUAUUUAAGAUGAGUGUUCUCCGGCAAGGCAUCAAUGCACGUUUUGCUGUUCAGCGAAACAGCAGUACUGCUGAUGUCCAGGCUGGCCGAGGUACAUCCGUCUGCGCGGCAUUGACCCUGCGAAUGAUAAGCAGGAUGAGGGACAUUCAUGUUCAUACCCGUGCGAGAUUAUGA